AUGGAGUACGAUAAAGCGGGGAAACAUAGGCAACUACAAAUUAAUGAUCUAGAGGAGAUACGUAAUGAUGCUUACGAGAGUUCCCGCAUAUACAAAGAAAAGACUAAGCUUUUCCAUGAGAAGAUAAUUUCUCAGAAGAAUUUUGUUGUGGGACAGAAAGUUCUUUUAUUUCAUUCUCGUCUUAAGCUAUUUCCUGUUGAUAUCACUAGUCUUAGAGAUGGGACUACUUAUAAGGUCAACGGCCAUAGAUUGAAGCCAUACUAUGAAAACAUAGCUUAUGUGAAUGUGGAUGAGAUAGAUCUUCAAUAUUUACUCCCUCUGGAGGAGUAG